CAAUGUCUCUUCACACAACAGAUUGUUUGGAGGCGUGCAUCAGACCCGAACCCUCUGACCAUCGGAAUGGACACCUACAUCAGUGACUCCAGGUUCAAGGUCGUUCACAACAAACACUCGCUGGAGUGGAACCUGCACAUCACGGACUCCCGUCCCGAAGACAGCGGCGUGUAUGAAUGCCAGGUGUCGGCCAAACGACGGCACAUCAGGCAGAACAUCAUGUUGACUGUGGAAGGUACGCCUAUGUUGUUGUAAUCAAAGUUAUAGCAUGUAUGAAUGACUAAUUAGUUUUUUUAUAAAGGGGUCAUAAUUUGGGCGCGAUUUCUACAAUUGAAAAGUGAAUUAGUGCGCAAAAAUAGUUUCGUAGAGACCUGCUAAGCAUUGUGCGAAAUCAAACAUGCCAAUUACAAUUUAACAAUCUAAUAAACCUAAUGCAAAAAUAUUCACUAUUACGAAAGGAAAAAAACAUCUCAGUCAAUUAAAUGUGUAUAGCAUACCGCAUAAUAAUAGUACCCAACAUCUGACGAGAGCGUAUAUGGCCAACCGUCAUUUAUCCGAACUGUUAAAAAACGGGGAAAGUUGUAACACGGAGUUGAAGUGAAAAUAAUUUCGUUUCUCGUUUGUCCAGCAAGGAAACAAAACAGAAAUAUAUUUUUUUUUCAAUAGUUUAAAAACUGUCAGGAGGAAACAGGACAAAGUAUUGAUAACACGGGUUUCUGUUUUUUCCUUAACGUCAAACAACUGAGGGCGUACUGCGCUGUGGACUUCUUGUUCACGCAACGUUUUAACGAGUCCUAGUUUUUAAAUAUUUGCCUCCAAGUGGCCCACCGAGACAUGGCGUGCUUUGUUGGAUUGCAGAUGAUGACUUGCUUCUAGAAUUCUAGUUGAGAUGUCUUCUUGACCUCACAGAGAUGCUAAUAAAUGGAUUAUUUGUUUACAAUUACAUUUACUUUUUAAAAUUGUUAACUAGAUCAUUAUGAUGUACAAUAAAUUGCGACAAACAAUAGAUUACAACUGGUGUUUUAUUUAAAACAUUAUGAACGAUGUAAAAAUGUUGAAGUUUGCAAAAUUCAGGACUUUUUUUUUUAAUACUAAAUUUCUUUUGUUUCACAUCUUUUAUUCAUGAUUCUAUUUUUUUUUAAAAAGCACAUUUCUUCUAUCGUUUAUUUUCACUUUAUUUCAGCUGCACCACGGAGAGGUAGCUAUAACUUCAUUUCAUUUGAUCACUGUCAACAUACAACUUUACAACUUUGAUUUCUUUUGUACAUCUUUGAUUUCUAAGACAGAAUUUAAAAAUAGUUAAGGAAUUUUUUAAUUUUUUUUUAACCACAUUUGUGUCCCUUUAUUUUUUAAAGAUUAUUCCCAUUGGUAGAAUAAAAUGUACUCUCUAAAUAAAGGCAUGGCUUCAUUUCAGAUUUAGUGAGUAGACUUAUGAUCACUUGCACAAUGUAACCUACUUUUCAAAUCAUUUUAAAAUAACAAUUAUUCGAACAUAGAAGAAGCUAGCAAUUUUAAAAUGAUUGUUUUCAUUUACCUUAACUAUUUCAUUGCGAUGCCCUCUUGUAAUUGGUUGGGUAAUAAUGUCCGACUCGAGCAGUGAUUCUAAAAUUUUAAAUUAAUUGUUGGUCCCUUUACAAAGGUUUUUGAAGAGUCUUGACUCAAUGUCUUACGAUUGUAGUAACAGUGAAUUUAAGUUUAAAGUUCUAUUAAAAUGGUUAAGUUAGCAUUUCAACAUAUCAAGAGAGGUUGUUGUUUUCAUCUCAAAAAAACAUUUCCUUUUUUAGCCAAAUGUAGACGAAAUAAAACAUAUCAUUUAAUACAGGUUGUUCUUUUUUUUGUUAUGGCACAAUAGCCUAGUGGGAUUUAGUUGAUUGAUUGUAAUUGUCAACCCUCUUUUCUUAAAACCCAAAAUGAAAGCAUAUUUGCUUUGAAAUUUCUUGGUAUUUAAUAUAAAUAAUAUGUUUAGAAUUAUGCAAAAAGCUGCGAAGAUGGCUCUGGGAAUAAACGCUCCACAGUGUAUUAAUCAGUAUAGGAAAUAUAGAAAACGACACAUCAUGAAUUCAUGCAGUUGAGAUAGUCUUAGCGUACAUUUUCGACGCUGCAUGCCUUGGCUAAAGUUAUCAUAUGAAUAUCUGCCGUACCAAAAAUGUGUGAUGCAAUGGUCAAAUUAUUUUUUCAAACUUUCUUCUUCUUCUUCUUUUUUUUUUUUUAGAGACCCCAGAACUACGAACAACAAAACCAGGUAAUCGUGUCUUCUACGUAUUUAGACUUGAUGACAAAGUUGUCGUAGUGUUAAUGUGUGGUGCAGUGGGUGGCGCUAGUGCAUAUGUCUGUGUUUGUGGUGGGUAAAAAGUGUGUGUGUGUGUGGGGGGGGGGGGGUUCGUGGGCAAUAUUAAAAAAAAAACUAAAUACAUUAGCUACUUUAAGAAAAUAUCUUUAUUAUUUUUAUCAAUUAGGGCAAUAGAAAAAUAAAUUUUUUGGGGGAAAAGGUGGUGUGUGUGUGUGGGGGGGGGGGGUUCGUGUGCAAUAUUAAAAAAAACACUAAAUACAUUAGCUACUUUAAGAAAAUAUCUUUAUUAUUAUUAUCAAUGAGGGCAAUAGAAAAAUAAAUUGUUUCUUAAAAUAUAAUUGAAUAAAUAACCUUUUAAAUGUUGUUUUUUCUAUGUAUAUAUACAUAUUAGAAAGGAUAUUUUAUGAAGCACGCCUCUGUGAGUACAAAAAGGUCAUGAAGACUUUUGUGUCCACGUCCUGUAAUUUAUUAGUGUUUAUUAUAAGGGCGUUCUCCAAUUGAAUGAUGCACACAGUCAGCUGUAAUGAUCAUGGAGAGAUGGCCAACAAACAGUUGUAGCAAUCAGUCAUUGUUAUCACAGUUGGUGCACUGUCCUGGCGUCAUAAGUUGGUGCCCUGUCCUGGCGUCAUAAGUUGGUGCACUGUCCUGGCGUCAUAAGUUGGUGCACUGUCCUAGCAUCAUAAGUUGGUGCCUGUCCUGGCGUCAUAAGUUGGUGCACUGUCCUGGCGUCAUAAGUUGGUGCACUGUCCUGGCGUCAUCAGUUGGUGCACUGUCCUGGCGUCAUAAAUUUAUGCACUUUACUGGCGUAAUAAGUUGGUGCACUGUCCCGUAUUAUAAGAUGACGCAUGUUCCCGGCGUCAUAGAUUGAUGCACGGUCCCAGCGUCACAAAUUGUUAUAAGUUAGUAUACCACUAAUAAAUGUCCCAUAAAACAAUUUUACAGCUCCCAAAAACACAAAAAUCAAUCCAAGUGCUGCCCCUUUUUGGACUUUUGAGAAGAGUACGGACAUUUAAAAUCGAUUAAUGCUAACUUAUUUGACUUUGCCAUUCCCCAGAAAUCAGCAUCACCGGUACUUUGUUCGUGGAGAAAGGUGAAACUCUGAGGCUCGUCUGCAACGCCACCGGAAGUGAAUACCCACCCGACGCCAUUGAUUGGUUCAAGGACGGGGACAAGAUUAAGAACGAGUGGGUCUCGAGCGUGGGUCACAGUGACCUGAAGUAUUUAGCCUUGUUUUGUGACGUUUGGGGUCGAGGGUCAACGAACGCGCUAACCCAAAGCCCAUCAUGCGUCAUUCAUUAGUUUAUUAAUAGCUGUACCGUGUAUUGUCUUCUGUCUGGCAAAAACCGAUCUUCUUAGGAAAGUUGUAAUUACGCCCUUUCCCUAUCUUCUUUCUAAAGCUAGUUAACCUAAUUGCAUACAUUGAAAACAGUGAAUUUAAAGAGACCGUAGUUUUGUGUUCUCUGGCUCCAUAACUUCUCAGAACUUGAAGAGGCGUGACCUUGCCUCCUUACACCCUCACUCUAACACGAAAAAUUUUCAUCUGUCAAAUUGAAAUCGCGCCAUCCCUGUGUCACAUAAAAACGGCUCGGUGGAGGCAUUGGAACUUUAGUUACGUAAAAGCACAUACAAAUUAACGUCCACAGCUCUCAUGGCAAGUUUCUAAGAAGCAUGGGGUUUUGUGGGACUUCCCGUUUCCCUUGGCUACUUUUAUUAGUUGGAUUAAUUUCAUUCAUGCUAGUACAACAGGACUAACUCGGCUUAGUUAUGGCUAGGAACACAUUUCACGGCUGGGUAUUAUUUGAUUGGUCUGAACGUGGAGUAGCGUCUGAGAGGUCUCUGAGAAUAUCUGGACGUCAAGUACGGCUCAUAUGAGACUGGUCACUUAUGACUCUGCUGUUAAGGGAUUCUUAAGUAAGGAGUUUGACAGUUUGAAGAAUGUCAUUUUAAUCUGUGAGUUGAACCUAAUGUUAAAUGUUCCUUCCCCUGCCUUUCCUUGACCUCCUUUUCCUUGUUCCCCCUUUUCCUUCUCCUCCCUUUCCUUGUCCUCCUUUUCCUUUUCCUCUCUUUCCUUGUUCCCCCUUUCCUUUUCCUCUCUUUCCUUGUUCCCCCUUUCCUUUUCCUCUCUUUCCUUGUCCUUCUUUUCCUUGUCCUCCUUUUCCUUGUCCCCCCUUUCCUUCUCCUCUCUUUCCUUGUCCUCCUUCUACUUGUCCCCCCUUUCCUUGCCCUCCUUUUCCUGUCCUCCCUUUCAUUGAUCUCCUUUUCCUUGUCCUCCAUUUCCUUGCCCUCCUUUUCUUUGUCCUCCUUUUCCAUCUCCUUCCAUUCCUUCUCCAUCCUUUCCUUCUCCCCCUUUUCCUAAGUCUAAUAUGAAUAAUUAAAUGAUGAUUCAUCAGUUACAUCUUCGUCGGCUAUUUAGCACCUUUCAACAAAUAGGAUAGACGAGCUCCAACUACCUUGUUUUCUCCCCUUGUCACAUUAUCCCCAUUUAUCGUUCUUCGUGCGUACUUAAAUCUAUCCCUGUCCAUUUUGAAGGAAGUGUCACACCAAAAACGAUAUUCCUUGAUGUGAAAGUGCCUUAAACACAUAGCUCAUAUCCUCUAACAACAACCCUUAUCCAGCUACAUCAUAUUUUGCCCCAUUGUGAUGACGUCAUAUUUUUUUACCAACUAUUGUGAUGACGUCAUAUUUUGCCCCGUCAUUGUGAUGGCUUCCUAUAUUUCCCCGCCAUUGUGAUGACGCGUGCUCCGUAACACCGUGUUCUUGUUUGACUUGUUCCAGUGAGAGGAUCACGCUGUCCAGCGAUGCGUCCAUCUCCGACAGGACGAUCAUCAGCACCUUGUCCAUACGGCGAGGACACAUGGGGGAUGCCGGCACGUACGUCUGCCGGACAUCUGGGCACUUGGUCACCAGCGCCAAGGUCAACAUACUCAACAGUAAGUUCCGAUUGUUACUUCAU